GAGGUGACUUUGAGCAAGCACUUAGUCUGGGAACCCUCACAUACUAGAGUCACUGGGGAGAUUUCCUGCCUCUGAAAUAGGAUUAGGAGUACCUUUGGCAAGAGGGUGAGGGAAAAGAUGACCACUGAACAGGCCGCUCUGAAUCUCCAGGAUAAGAGUAUGAGGGGAUUCCUGCUCAGGAUACCAGCAGAGGAGAUUAAACAGGAGCCCAAUGAGGAGCUACUGAAACAGUGGGAAGACCAGUGGCAGGAGUUCCUGAAGACGGUGGAGUCUCCUCAGUCCAGAGCGGGAGCCCCACAGAAGCAAGAAGAAGCCUCACCCUGGGAUGACGCCAAGGCCUUCCUGGCCUCCUUCGAGCAAGUGGCUGAAGCCUGCCGGUGGCCCAGGGAAGAAUGGGUGACCCGGCUCCUGCCAGCCCUCAGUGGAGAAGCCAAGCAGGCCUUUAACAGGCUGGAAGGCAGAGACAGGAAGGAUUAUGGGAAGGCGAAGGCAGCCAUCUUGCUAGGGGAUGCCAUCAGCCGGGAGAAGCAGCGCCAGCACUUCCGGCAUUUCCGCUACCAGGAGGCCGAGGGCCCGAGAGGGGUUUAUAACCAACUCCAGGAACUCUGCCGACGGUGGCUGAAGGUCGAGAGGCACUCCAAGGAGCAGAUUCUGGAGCUGUUGAUCCUGGAGCAGUUCCUGACUGUCCUGCCCCCAGAGAUCCAGAGCUGGGUGAGGGAACGUGGCCCGGAGACCUGUUCCCAAGCAGUGGCCCUGGCUGAGGAUUUCCUGUGGAUGCAGAAAGAGUCUUUGAGGUGGGAGCAGCAGAUGCUGAUCACAGCGGGGCCAGCAGGGGAGGUGGCCACCUCUGCUUCCGAGGCAGAGCAGGCUCUGUCUGAUGCCGGAAAGAGGCCUCUGUACAUAGAGCUCAAGCAGGAGGUGGACAGGGAGACCUUGAGCAUCCAGGUUGGUGACGUCCGAGGAAGUGAAAAUGGAGGAAACCUGUUCGGGGUCCCCUCAGCAGAAACCGAGCGUCAAAGGAUGGAAGAGAAUUUUGUGAGUCAGAACGGUCACAAGAGGAGGGUGCGGAACCACCAGACGGAGAAGUGGAGGAAAAAACCCGGUCCUUGUCAAGGGGGCGGGUUCCAUGAGGCCCCGGUUCGGGAACAAAAACCGAAGGAAAAGUACAAAUGCAACGUGUGCGCGAAAAUCUUCAGCUACAAAUCGAGCCUUAAGAUACACCUGAGGAUCCACACCGGAGAGAAGCCGUACAAAUGCUCGGAGUGCGGGAAGGGCUUCAGCCGGAGCGACCUCCUUGCUUCCCAUCAGAGAAUCCACACAGGGGAGAAACCAUACAGCUGCUCGCACUGCGGGAAGAGCUUUUGCGAUCUCUCAACCCUCAUUAAGCAUCGGAGAAUCCACACAGGGGAGAAGCCCUACACGUGCCUGGAGUGCGGAAAGUGUUUCAGCCAGAAGGCAAUCCUGACUUCGCAUCAACGAAUCCACACCGGGGAGAAACCGCACAAAUGCCUGGAGUGCGGGAACAGCUUCAGCCGGAACACGUACCUGACUUCCCACCAAAGAAUCCACACGGGGGAGAGGCCGUUUAAAACUGUAAACUGCAAUGAAGGCUUUCCUGAACAGCCCAGCAUUUCCUGCCCUCAGAGGAUUCACAUAGAGUAUUCGGACUAUGGCGAGAGUCUGGGUCAGCACCCGGUAGUCAUGACUCGUCAGAACCUGUACUCAUUAAACGAUUCUAUCAGGGUUUUCGAAGCAGAAGAAAAACCUCGUUUGGAGGCAGGAUCCUAUGGGACUGCAAAGCCGUCUGCGAAGUAGCUGCUCCUCUGGCCACCGCUGGCUUUGCCUCCUGGCAACCAGGUG